UCUGGGGUGUUGUUGACUUAACCGCCAAGCACGAGCAGACAGGUUCACAGAUGUAGGGACAGCGGGCGAUGUCAAGUGUUCCAAACCAAAACACUGGGAUUGUACGCAUGUCGUGGAUCUGGUUCAGCGAAUGCAGUGCAGAUUUCGACAGUAUUCCAGAGAGAUGCGGUAUUUGGUUAUCAUUCGUUGGAGGAGAAGUAUAGGUAGGGUAUUUCGUCUUUUUUAGGCACGUUGGUUAAGUGACAAGGAUCAAUGUGGGCACAAUUGGGCAUGGAUAUCGUCUCCUCUCCCGACAAUAUGUCGUUUCCGCAUUCCCACGGCCAUCAGUAUUGUGUCCCUGAUCCAUCUCAACACAAAACCGGUUUCUCCUGAUUAUCAGCCUAACUGUCGCUGAUGCUGCACUAUGUGUGCUGUGAAGGGACAAAGGGGAGCUCGAAGACGUCUCGAAACUAGGCUAAUAGGCCUUUGUCGUUCCUAAAUAGGCACAUUUAUUUUCGCGUCGUAUUUGUCGCGGUUCCUAAAAAAAACCUGGGAUACCUCGGCGUUGUGACUGGUUUGGGAUGGAGGGUUGUUGUCGUAGUUGCAUGCCAUGUUGUAGUCGGCUGUGGAACUGGAUAUGGCCCGAAUUCCAUUACCCAAAUAUCACCCAACCAGCCGAAAUCCCAACUAUUUCAGGUGAUAUCCGUGCUCCGUCCCCCAAGAAGAAACCGACUCAGCUCUAUGCGGCACUGUUUGAUUUCGAAGCCAGGAGCGAAGAGGAGCUGACUAUCAAGGAAGGUGACAAGCUGUCGGUAAUAGAAAAGAGAGGGGAUUAUGUGCUUGCCAAGAAACUUACCGGUUCGAUGGAGUCCGGACUGGUCCCGGCUACUUAUGUGGCCAUUCUACAGGACGAGUUUGCUAAUCACAAGUGGUACUAUGGGAACAUUAACCGGGUGAAGGCUGAGAAACUGCUCCUGGCCUCUCAGAAUAAGGAUGGCUCGUUCCUGGUGCGCAUCAGCGAGAGCCACAGCGAUGAAUACACCAUCUCAGGCAGAAACGAUGGGAAAGUCUUCCAUUUCCGAAUCCAGCGUUCAUCGAUUGGGGCGUACUUUGUGUCAGACAAGAUUUCCUUUGCCACUCUGGGGGAGCUGAUCCGAUACUACCAGAACAACUCCAGGAGUCUAGGAGUGACUCUGGAUGAGCCAUGUGCACAGCAGAGAGAACUGUUUGACAUGGAGCCCUGGGAGCGUCCUCGGGAGGAGUUUAAACUGCACAUGAAGCUGGGAGAGGGCCACUUUGGAGAGGUGUGGGAGGCCCUGUGGACCAGCCAGAACAAAAGGGUGGCCAUCAAGAUGCUCAAACAAGAGGACACUAAGCAGGAUGAGUUUGUGAAGGAGAUCCAGGCCCUGAAGAACCUCCACCACCCCAAGCUGAUCCAGCUGCUGGCCCUGUGUUCCAGAGGAGAGCCUGUCUACAUAGUCACUGAGCUCAUGACCAAGGGCAGCCUCAAGUCCUAUCUGGGCACGCCGGAGGGUCAGGUGCUGACCUCUGCCCACCUCAUCUACAUGGGCAGCCAGGUGGGUGAGGGCAUGGCCUACCUGGAGGACCGACACAUCGUGCACAGGGACCUGGCGGCCAGGAACAUCCUGGUGGGAGAUGACCUGGUCUGUAAAGUGGCUGACUUUGGCCUGGCACGGAUCAUUAAGGACAGUGUGUACACGGCCAGUAGAAGCACUAAGAUCCCAGUGAGAUGGACGGCCCCUGAGGCUGCUCUCUAUCAGCGCUUCUCUGUCAAGUCUGACGUCUGGUCCUUCGGUGUGCUGCUCUACGAGAUGAUGUCACGAGGAAAGAUGCCAUACGAUGGGAAGAGCAAUACGGAGGUGCUGGAGCUCCUGUCGACAGGUUACAGGUUGCCCUGUCCCAGUAGGUGUCCCCCCAACAUCUAUCGCAUCAUGUUGGAGUGCUGGAACCCCGAGGCCUCCAAGCGGCCCUCCUUCCACGCCCUGCACAGCCAGCUAGACACCAUCUACGCACGCAUCUACUUCAAAACCAUUGAGGUCUAGAUCUGGAGGAGGAGGACGCCAAGGGGUGACUGCACUGACAAAGAUACUACAAAGCAGAGGGACUGCAAGACAUUGUCUGACAUGGUGAUCCUUUUUUAACACCUCUUAGUCUAUUUUGUCAGUUCUCUUGGUUGUCGUGGAUUUUGUUUUUAAUCAAGGUUAUGUGCAAUAUAAAGCUCUUCCUGGGGGAAAUGGAGGAAGGAGAGUGGGGCCACUUUUAAAGCCAACAAGACCCUAUGCUACAGUUUGCCUCACUGCACACAGGCCAAACGGCCAGUCAUACAGAGUGCCUAUACACUGAGUGUACAAAACAUUAGGAACAUCUGCUCUUGCCAUGACAUAGACUGACCAGGUGAAAGCUAUGAU